AUUAUUUGACUUUACGGAUGUGCUGCUUAGACGCGUGAGGAACCAAACUGCUUUUUCUAAACUGGUUUAAUUUCAAUUUCGGCAAAGGAUUGAGGAGAUGCCUGACUAUUAACAUGUGGCUUCUCUGACUAUAGGAAGAGUUGACGGUGACUUCUCUUUGUGGUUGCCUCACCAUUUAUCCGUCAGCAGAAACAGAAGCUUUGCAGUCAUCAGCUGCUGCAGGAAAAAGUCCUUGCCAUGUCUUUAGUAGAGGAUAUUCUUUAUGUGCUGCGGAUGGUCCUGGACUAUUUUGGUGUACCUCCAGAAAUGCUUGUUCCUGUGUGGGACACUCAGCUGUGCGGUCAGUAUCGCAGCAUUGUACGAAUGAUCGGCACGAAUCUCCCACUGAAGCCCACUCCACGUGUUCAUUUUCAGAUCCCGUUGGUUACCUAUAAGCCCCAUGGAUACAUUGAGAUAGAAGCUGAUGCACCUGCCAUACCAACAUUUGCAGAUGUCAUGUGGGUGUUUGACUAUGAGGGGGAGAGCUUUGCCAGAACCAGGAACCAUUUACCUCCAAAGAAAGAUGGCAUUUUUAGUCAAGACUUGAUGAGAUUUCCCAGGUUGGCUCAGAAUCAAGCUGAGAGAAGAGGAGAAGGCUGUGUGCGACAGAGGGCUGAUCCUGAAGCCUUGCAGAAGAUCACCCAGCUGGAGAGUGAACUGCUCAAGCUUCGGGCUCAGAUCGCCAUGAUUGUUACUGCAGCUCCAACCUCAGCUCUGACUGACACCCAGAAUGCUCCGUUUUCACCUCUGAUGUCCCCUGCUCCACUCCCGGCUCUCACCUCCACACCUCUUCAUGCACCUCCCCCUCCUCCUCCACCUCCUCCAUUGCCUCCUUCUUCCCAAAGCGCCUUCAGCGAGAAAUCAUCUGUGAUGGAUCUGAUCAAAAAGCGCAGGAACAACAACUCUGAUAAGGGUCAGCUUCAGGCCCAGCAAUCAGGGUUCAGCAAAAACAUGGAAAACAAACUGAUUCCUUCGAUGCUGGACGUUCUGAGGGAUUUAAAUCAAGUCAAACUGCGUUCAGUUCAGAGAUCACCAGGAGGCACUCCAGUCAGGAGGAGAAGCAAUAAAUGUGAAACUGCUUUGCUAAAUGACCCCGCCGCUCUGAUUGCUCGGGCACUAAAGAAAAAGUUUGCUCAGCACCGUCACGACACUUCCUCAGACAAAGAAAAUUCAGUGGAACUCUCUCCAUUUGGUAGCCCAGAUACGCCUCCUGUUUCCCAUCACACCAGACGCAGUCAGGGUCGUCGCCAUUUAUUAACUAGUUAAACUCAUGCUACGUCACAUGUGACCAUCACUAGAAUAAACAAGCUUCUUAACAGAUUUCUGCAGAAA